AUGAGUGAAAGAACUCCCUUAAGAAGUAGUCAAAAUGAUCAAGAGGCUUGUUACGAGGAUUAUGGAGAGGAAGAGCAUCUGCAUCUAAGCUUCACUUCCAAAAUAAGCCUUUUUUUGGGAGGAAUCUUCAUAACAGUGCUGAUGUUAUAUCUUCUACUUUUCUACCUUCCUAAUAAAUUCAUACCAGAAGCGACCGACUUGAGAGCAAUUCCAUUAGUCACGAAUUUGAACGUCACAUUCCAAGUGCUUGAUCCUGAAAGAAUUGAAGAAUUGGGUUUGGAAAGCAGCAAGUCAAUUUCAGACAAUCUUGAAUUUGUUGACGACUCACAAGAUUCUAAUAUAGCAAAGUCCAAGAAAAUUGAACGGUUGAUUCUUAUAGGAGAUGUUCAUGGACACUUUAAAGAGUUCAAAAAAUUAUUGAAAAAGAUAAAAUAUAAUCAUAAGUUAGAUCAUAUCCUAUUAUUAGGAGAUUUCAUAUCGAAAGGUCCUGACUCGAUCAAAAUGUUAGAUUACAUGGCUGAGCAUCAACUAGAUUGUAUUUUGGGGAAUCAUGAAUACUAUGUACUUCAGAAUUAUGCUAUCUUCCAUCAUGUGAAUGAUCCGUUUUUCACUAAUAACAGAUCUGAAUCCCUUUAUACAGAAGGCUAUAACGAUGAUCCCGAGUACCAGCUAGCCAAAAGGUUACAGCCUGAACAUGUAAACUAUAUCAAUAAUUGCUCUGUAAUCAAGAGACUUGGAAAAGUGCCACUUCAUAAGAAAACUAAUAUGGGGGGGUUUAACUCUGCACAAGGAGUUGCUGUUCACGCGGGACUAAGAUGGGAUCUUGGAUUGGAAGAUCAGAUUCCUAUUGAGAACUUAGAAAUGAGAUCUCUAGUGGGUCCUUUUUUUAACCAAUCAACGGAUGAUCCACAUGAGCCGAACGCUGUUUCAUGGUCUAAGAUAUAUAAUGGGAAACAGAAAUUAAAGAAGAAAGGCUCAGGUAGAGUUGUUUACUAUGGGCACGAUGCUAGAAGAGGUCUCAGCUUAAAAAAGUACACCAAAGGCAUAGAUACUGGAUGUGAUCGUGGUGAAAGACUUACUGCAUUAGUUAUAUGGCAGGAAGCGGCAAUUGAUAAAAAGGGAAGAAAACGAGUUUUGUACAAGGAAGAACCAAUCAGUGUUAGUUGCUAA